CUCGAAUUCCUCUGCGGUGUGAGAGCAGGAGCAUCUCAGAGCUGAGUGGACAGGCUGGGAGAGGAGCUCCAUGUAUAGCUGAUACACUGAGAAGGUUGUGACCAUGUGGAAGAAAGCAGUGGUGUUUGUGCUCCAUCUGUCCUGCAUCCUGCAUCAGGUGAGCGCUGUUCAGAGAGAGGAGCUUUUCCCCUACGGGACUCUGAACGGGGAUUGGACUCUGCAGGAAGGAGAUGAUGAAACUUCAGAGGUGAUGUCUCUGAGCAGACCCAUGCACUUCUACGACACCUCGUUCAGCAAGUUAUAUGUGGCCACCAACGGCAUCAUCUCACCUCAUGACCUUCCUAUGGAGAAGCAGUACGUCGAUGACGGUUUCCCCACCGAAUUCCCAGUAAUCGCACCCUUCCUCGCUGACAUAGACACCAGUAACGGAAAAGGAGCAAUCUACUAUCGGCAGACCGAAUCCCCAGGCGUCCUGAAUCGAAUAGCUGCUGAGGUCCGGAAAGGGUUUCCAGACACACAGUUUACACCAACUCACGCCAUCAUCGCCACGUGGGAAAACGUAGCUGCUUACACAGCGGUCACACGCACCUCCGAGUCAUCCAGAGAGGUUAACACAUUCCAGGCGGUGGUUGCUUACGACGAGGAGAACACCUACGCGCUUUUCCUUUACCCGGAGGAUGGACUGCAGUUCUUUGGAACGCGUCCUAAAGAGAUGUUCAACGUGGAGAUCGAGCUGCCUGCGCGGGUCGGCUUCACCAGGGGAGAGAUCCCGUAUCUUUUCUUCACACGCACCGAGGGACCUUACUUCAGCCUCACCAACAAAGAGCAGUCUGUCAAGAACUUGUACCAGACGGGUAACACCGGCGUGCCUGGCGUUUGGCUCUUCCACAUCGGAAACGCGAACACAUUCGAUAAUGUAAUUCCAGCAGAAGCUCCGGGUCAUUUACCCACCACGGUCCCAAAGAACCAAGCGGUCGAGUUCCAGACCACCCCCGAGUACCCUACAGAAGAGUAUGACGACGCCAACGACUCUUUCGACGAAGAGACAGAAUACAACAUUGAUCCAGAUUUCCAGAAUCCAGAUGCUACAGAAUUCCCUCAGGCGGGCCGCGAUGCGUCUCUGCUGAGCGGGGAUGUAACUCUCAGCCCUGACCACACUGCUCAGACAAAUGUUUCUCCGGAUGAAAUCGACGAGUCCGUGCAUCCGUUCCCAAAGCACACUCUUCUGGUAGCGUACCCCAUCCGCCCUGAAGGUGAAGUGGUGACCGUGGAAGAAAACGUAAACGUAAACUCUGAAGUGAUUCAUUAUUCCACUGAAAACAAGGAGACUUGUGAUCGUUUCCAGCAGACCUGCAGCCAGAACGCUCACUGCACCAAUUUCCCAUCAGGCUACUGCUGCCACUGCCAUACCGGUUUCUACGGAAAUGGACGCUAUUGUCUUCCUGAUGGUGCUCCUCAACGUGUGAAUGGAAAGGUCAAUGGGAUGGUUUCUGUGGGUUCGACACCAGUGAGACUGGACAGCAACGACCUCCAUGCUUACAUCGUAGUGGGUGAUGGUCGAGCAUACACGGCCAUCAGUGAAGUCCCAGAACCUUUGGGGUGGGCACUAAUGCCGGUCACGCCCAUCGGUGGACUUUUUGGGUGGCUCUUUGCCCUCAAGCUUCCCAACAGCCAUAAUGGCUUCAGCAUCACUGGUGCUGAGUUUAUUCGCCAUGCCGAUGUGACCUUUUACCCCGGCAACCAACGACUCACGAUCGUUCAGAGCGCCAGGGGGUUGGACAGCCAGAACUACCUGAAUGUGGAAACUCAUCUGGAGGGCAGUGUGCCGUUCGUGCCCCCUGGUGCCAGCAUUCAGAUGGAGCCUUUUUCAGAGACCUACCAGUAUUACCCUUCAUUGAUCACGUCCAGCUCGGUACGGGAGUUUACAAUCGUGUCCACGCAGAGUGGAGCAGAAAAAUUCACCUUCCGGCUGAGACAGAACAUCACGUACAGCGACUGCAGUCACACACCGCAUGCUGGAGCUGAGACGCUGCAGCUCAACGUCGAGCGCAUGUUUGCCAUGUACGUCAAAGAAGAGCGCGUUCUCAGAUACGCCAUCACCAACAAGAUCGGCCACGUUGGAGCUUACAUCCCGGACCCUGUGCAGGUGAACCCCUGCUACUCGGGAAGCCAUGACUGUGACACCACAGCACAGUGUGUGCCAGGAGAAGGACAGCACUAUGCCUGUGUGUGUGCUACCGGAUACACCGGAGACGGACGCAACUGCUAUGAUGUGGACGAGUGUGCUGAAGGUCUGAGCUCCUGUGGGAGUCACGCUCAGUGUGUGAAUUUGCCUGGAAGUCACAGCUGCCGGUGCCAGAGCGGCUUUGAGUACGGCCAUGACAGUCGCACCUGUAUAGAUGUUGAUGAGUGCCGGAGGCAUCCGUGCCACCCCCAUGCUUCCUGCGCCAACACCGUGGGCUCCUUCCGCUGCCGAUGCCAGCCUGGAUUCCAUGGCGAUGGCUUCCAAUGCCACCGACAGCACAUCGAUGACGUGCGUCCUAAGACUCCGUGUGAGCAGCACAGAGACAGCGCACUGAGUGGACUGGACCAGAGUGGCGUGGGAGCAUUCGUGCCUAAGUGUGACGAGGAGGGUCGCUACAGGUCUCAGCAGUGCCAUGGCUCUUCAGGACACUGCUGGUGCGUGGACAGUAGGGGGCGGGAGAGAGCGGGAACCCGCACCCUACCUGGCACCCCACCUGUCGACUGUGACGCUCCAGACCGUCCUAAGACUCAGUGUGAGCAUCAUAGAGACAGUGUGCGGGAGAGAGCAGUGGUGGGUGCGUUCAUCCCUCAGUGCGACGAGGAGGGUCGCUACAGGUCUCUACAGUGCCACGGUUCUACAGGACACUGCUGGUGUGUGGACAGUAGGGGGCAGGAGAGAGUGGGCACCCGUACCCCGACUGGUACCCCACCUACCAACUGUGACGCUCCAGAGCGUCCUAAGACUGAGUGUGAGCAGCAAAGACACAGCGCACAGCAUGGAGCAGAUGGUGCGCCUGUGCUAGGAGCCUUCAUCCCCGAGUGUGACGAGGAGGGUCGCUACAGGUCUCAACAGUGCCAUGGUUCGACAGGACAUUGCUGGUGCGUGGACAGUAGGGGGCAGGAAAGAGCAGGCACCCGCACCGCACCUGGUACCCCACAUGCCGACUGUGACGCUCCAGAACGCCCUAAGACUCAGUGUGAGCAGCACAGGGACCGCUUACAGGAAAGAGCAGACGGAUUGCCCUUGGUAGGAGCUUUCAUCCCUCAGUGUGACGACGAGGGUCGCUACAGGUCUCUACAGUGCCAUGGCUCGACAGGAUACUGCUGGUGUGUGGACAGUAGGGGGCAGGAAAGAGCAGGCACCCGCACCGCACCUGGUACCCCACAUGCCAACUGUGAUGCUCCAGAACGUCCCAAGACUCAGUGUGAGCAGCACAGGGACCGCUUACAGGAAAGAGCAGACGGAUUGCCCUUGGUAGGAGCUUUCAUCCCUCAGUGUGACGAGGAGGGUCGCUACAGACUUCAGCAGUGUCAUGGCUCUUCUGGACAUUGCUGGUGCGUGGACAGUAGGGGGCAGGAAAGAGCAGGCACCCGCACGCCACCUGGUACCCCACCUGCCGACUGUGACGCUCCAGAACGCCCUAAGACUCAGUGUGAGCAGCACAGGGACCGCUUACAGGAAAGAGCAGACGGAUUGCCCUUGGUAGGAGCUUUCAUCCCUCAGUGUGACGAGGAGGGUCGCUACAGGUCUCUACAGUGCCAUGGCUCGACAGGAUACUGCUGGUGUGUGGACAGUAGGGGGCAGGAAAGAGCAGGCACCCGCACCGCACCUGGUACCCCACCUGCCGACUGUGACGCUCCAGAACGUCCCAAGACUCAGUGUGAGCAGCACAGGGACCGCUUUCAGGAAAGAGCAGACGGAUUGCCCUUGGUAGGAGUUUUCAUCCCUGAGUGUGAUGAGGAGGGUCGCUACAGGUCUCUACAGUGCCAUGGCUCUUCUGGACAUUGCUGGUGCGUGGACAGUAGGGGGCAGGAAAGAGCAGGCACCCGCACGCCGCCUGGUACCCCACCUGCCGACUGUGAUGCUCCAGUUCAUGUGGAACGUCCCAAGACUCCGUGUGAGCAGCACAGAGACCGCUUACACGACAGAGGGGAUGGUUUACCUGUGCCGGGAGCCUUCGUCCCUCGGUGUGACGACGAGGGUCGUUACGAGUCGUUACAGUGCCAUGGCUCUACAGGACACUGCUGGUGUGUGGACAGUAGGGGGCAGGAGAGAGAGGGUACCCGUACCCCACCUGGUACCCCACAUGCCAACUGUGACGCUCCAGGACGUCCCAAGACUCCGUGUGAACAGCGCAGAGACGGAGCACAGAGAUCAGCAGAUGGGUUGCCUGUUGCGGGAUCCUUCGUCCCUCAGUGUGACGAGGAGGGUCGCUACAGGCCUCGGCAGUGCCAUGGCUCUACAGGACACUGCUGGUGUGUGGACAGUAGGGGGCAGGAGAGAGUGGACACUCGUACCCCACCUGGUACCCCACCUGUCGACUGUGACGCUCCAGUAGUGGCAGUCCCUACGCAGCGCCCGGAGACGGUGUGCGAGCGCUGGCGGGCCAGUCUCAUGGAGCACUACGGAGGUCGUCCAGGCCCGGAGCAUUUUCUUCCCCAGUGUGACGCAUCAGGCGAGUUCACCCCGGUGCAGUGUUACGGCGAGAGCAGUUACUGCUGGUGUGUGGACAAAGAUGGCCGAGAAGUUCCCGGGACGCGCUCGCAGGACAAGGUCAAACCUGCCUGUAUACCAACUGUGCCCCCGACCACCAUGCGUCCGUUGCCCCGCCCAGAUGUGACCCCUCCCCCAUCAGGAACUAUGUUGCUCUAUGCGCAAGGCCAACAGAUUGGAGCACUUCCGCUGAACGGCACGCGCAUGGACAAGGACAGAUCCUCGGUGCUUCUCGCCCUGCAUGGGUCCAUAGUGGUUGGUAUUGACUACGACUGCAGAGAGCGGAAGGUUUAUUGGACCGAUCUCGCCGGAAGAAUGAUCAGCAGAGCCGCUCUGGAGCCUGGAUCAGAACCUGAGAUCCUUAUUAACACCGGCCUCAUGAGCCCAGAGGGUUUAGCCGUGGACGUCGCACGUCGGAGGAUGUUCUGGGUGGACAGCACGCCAGAUAAAAUCGAGUCAGCCAAACUGGACGGAAGCGACCGGCGUGUUCUGUUCAACACGGAUUUGGUUAAUCCGAGAGCCAUCAUAGUGGACUCUCUCUCAGGAACUCUGUACUGGACCGACUGGAACCGGGAAGCCCCGAAAAUUGAGAGCUCCACCGUGGAAGGACAGAACAGGAGGGUGCUAGUGCGGGACGGCAUUGGGCUCCCGAACGCUCUGACGGUUGACCCCACGACACGUCGGAUCUGCUGGGCUGACGCAGGGACAAAGCGUUUGGAGUGUAUCGCGCCGGAUGGGACGGACCGACGCGUGAUUCACAACAACCUGAACUACCCGUUCAGCAUGGUGUUUUACGCCAAUCACUUCUACUACACAGACUGGAGGAGGGAUGGAGUCAUCGGUUUAAGCCGAGACUCGAGCCAUUUUACAGACGAGUAUCUGCCUGAUCAGCGUUCACAUCUGUACGGCAUCACUGUCGCCUCCUCCAGCUGUUUAUAGGGGAGGACGUGUAAUAACAGAGCCACUGUUACAUGGUGCUAAUUUUUCGGGGAUGUUUUUUUUUUUUGGUGCAGCGUUCACACAUUGGGAAAGAGCGCUUCUGUCAGCCGUCGCCAAAGCCACUGCGUCUUUAUAAACCUCCCCCACACCCACCCCACACAUCACCCCCACCCCACCCCACACAUCACCCCCACCC